AUGGCUGAGCAGCAGACGCCUGCCUUCGAUGGCAAAGCAUCGCAACUCAAGCGGAAGCCGGGCGAGUCUCUUCCUUCCCAAACAUCAACCCCAGAAUUCGCGCCUUCAGCACCAGAAAAAAGGCGGCGGGCGGCUGCGAAUGCACCUCCAACCCUAGGCCUCACGCCUUUUAAUCCCAACGCCAAAUCAGAGGUUGUGACGGCUCUAGCAGACAUUUCUAGCAAGGUCAGCGCGGCAAUGACCCUGCAGGAGACUUACUUGUGGGAAAUCAAGAAGCAGUUGGACGAAUUGCAAGUGGAAAAUACAUUUUUGGAAGUUGAACAAGCGGUAUUAGGGGGCCAAAAAUUUGAUCUGGAAUGGCAGAAGACAAAGCUGGAGAAACGAGUCUUCGAGCUUGAGACUAUGCUGCUAUCGGCUACUGCGGAGACGGAGAAGAGGACAAACGUGGUCAAGAAGGCGGAGGAAUUGAUGGGUUCGAGCAAUCGAGUCGGCUAUCAGGGGUACAUGAAGGUGGCUGAUACGUUAAGGCUGGCGCUCGAGGCGAUGCAGGAACCGAAUGUCUGA